AGGCCACAAGUCUUGCCCAAUGGAUGUUGGGAUUUGUGGCGGCCCAACACCGCCUUGACCCAUGCAUCUCCGCGAGUCUUUGGUGCCCCAAUGUCUUCCUUGAGCGCAGACGCCCGAGAGGAGGCUGCCCAGCUUCUGUCCACAGCCUUCACGCAGGAGGAUUCGCAGCUGACGAUACGUGAGAUGCUCUCGGGCAAGAAGAGGCCCAAGCAGAAAGGCCGAAAGCAACGUCAAAUCCCACAUGUUUGGCUCCUGUGGCAGGAGUGUCCGGAGACAAAGACCAUGCUGGCAGUGGCGAUUCUCACGCGACAAGUCUCCUGCAAGAAGGGGCCCAAAGAGCUCCAGGGUGGCAUGGUCUUGGAAUACAUCGGCAUCCGCCCGAACUCGAGUGGAAAGGCUUACUGGCUCGUCCUUGCGGCUGAGGAGGUUGCUUUGCUGAUGGGUCACACGGAGCUCUUCAGUGCCUGCGACCUCAACCAAUGUGGACAGGCCUUUCCUGGAGCCAAGGUGGCGCUUGAGGCGCACCGACGCUGGGGCUUCGAGGACACCGAUCAGAAAGAGUGGCGGGACCGACGUCUGGAAGGUCUCCACGGGUCGUGCGGGACAUGUCGCGCGAGGCUACUCUGAGGGUUGCGAUGUACAUUACAUGGUCAAGGUGAUCGGCCAAUGAGCGACGCGGGUCUUCUCAUUUCGCGUGAAAACGAAGGAUGCGGGUCUUCUCCCGUACUCUCGGCACAGGCAGGCAAGACAUCGAAUGGUUCAUGACGCGUGUGAGUAAACCACAUCAGGAAGCAUGUUUUUUGCUCAGUUUGCUGUUCCAUGUACUGCACUUUUCGAUGCUGUGGGGAAGGAAGUUGAAGGCUGCAAGUCAAAA